GCGCAUAACCGACCUAGCGUCCUGUUACACACUAGCGCGACACAGUCGACGCGUCGAUGUCUCGGGCCCGAGCCUCUGUGGUCCAUACAGCUUGUUGGACGCUCCGAGCGCUUCUCAUCUAGACCGCAUCGCUGCCGGCGACCGCUGCUUCACCCGCGAGGCGGCGCUCCCACAGCUGUCACACAGCACAACAUCUCACAGCCGUACGCCGCCGCCGCGAAAGCAAUACGCCGCGCCGCGCAAGUCAUUCGUCGCAGGAGCAGCCGCAAAAGACUGAUAGCAACCAUGGGCAAGAACCAGCACUCGAAAGAUAGGAUGUUUAUAACGGCCACCGAGCACGCCGGCCUCUACGGGGGCUACAAGAAGAAGAAGACUAUUGGACUGACCGGGGCGUUACCGUUUGACUGCUGCGCUCUAUCUUUACUACCCUUCGAUUCACCAGUGUGCGCGAGAGAUGGGAUUUUAUUCGACGCGUUGCAGCUACUACCGUACGUGCAGGAGAAGGGGGUCUCACCGGCGACCGGUAAGAAAUUGGCUGUGAAGGACGUUCUACGGCUGAAAAUGGCGAAAAAUCAGGACAACCAGUGGCACUGCCCCGUGACCUGCAAGGUGUUUACGAAUCACUCGAAGGUCGUCUGUAUCGCUACUACUGGCAACGUCUUCUCGAAGGACGCGGUCAAGGAGCUCUGUUUCAAGCGGAACUGUUUGGAGGACCUGCUGGACGCGACGCCCUUCCGGAAGGAGGACGUUAUAUCGUUACAUGAUCCUGACGACAAGGAUCUUGUAUCUCGUAGGGAUUUGGCCAACUUCUGGCACCUGCAGGAGGAAAGGAAGAAGCGCGACGCCGAGUUGGGGUCGAAAGGAUCGUUUAAACAAACAGACGCCCAGAAGGAGGUCCUGGCCGAGGCGAAGCGGAACGUCCAGGAGCGCGAGGCGCAACGUAUGUGUGUGUGUGGAAAUCAUAACUCUAUCUGCUCGAUGGCGUCACCGGUUGCUUUCCACGCAGGCCUGGCCAAAGAAAAGGCGCGCCAGGAAGCUCUCAAUGCGCCCGACCGGCCCGAGAACAGGGGCCUCACGGAGGCGUAUUUAAGGGUAAGGCAACUGGGAGCAACCACCGACGAAGUGACGCCGGGGUCGAAAUUAACGUCGGGCGCCACGUCGGGCUCCUUCACGUCGUCGGCCAUGGACCGCUCGACGACCGCGGCAUUAAGGGCGGCGACGGACGACGAACUUAAAACUGCGCGGUGGAAAGUUUUAAGAUCGCUGGGCCAGAAGGGCUAUGCUCGCAUACGAACUUCAUUAGGUGAUCUGAAUGUGGAGAUCCAUUGUGACAUGGUCCCGCGCGCGGCGGAGAACUUUCUGGGUUUAUGCAGGGACGGCAAAUACGACGAGACGCUCUUCCAUCGCGUCGUGCGGCACUUCGUCGCGCAGGGCGGCGACCCGACGGGGACCGGCCGGGGCGGCGAUUCGUUAUGGGGCGCGCCCUUCGCCGACGAGUUCGAUUCAAGGUUGACGCACUCGGAGCGCGGCGUGCUCGCGUACGCGAACGACGGGAGGGAUCGGAACAAGCAGCAGUUUUAUGUUACUUUCAAGUCCUGCGGCCACCUGGACAACAAGCACACGGUGUUUGGGAGGGUCGUCGGCGGGCACGACGUUUUAGAUCGGAUCGAGCGAAUUGAGGUAGACGCGGCGGACGACCAUCGACCCCUAAAGGACGGCGUCAAGAUCCUCGGGACGGACGUUUUUGUGGAUCCCACCGUCGAGGCCGACGCGAAAUUCGAGGGGGAAUUGCGGGCGAAGAUCGCCGCGCGCGCGGCCGCCGCGCCCGCGGGCUUGCGGGCGCUGCCCGCUUCCGCGCCGGCGCCGGCGCCGAAGCGCCCCGCGGACGACCGGCUGCCCGUCGCGACGGAGCGACCAAAGCCAAAAAAAGCGAAGCCGUACGGGGACUUUUCGGGGUGGUAA